AUGCAUGCCGAACUCGCAAGUGAGAGAAAGAUCGACACCAUUGACCGUCGUCUUGAGGCCCUCACCGAGCUCAUGCGUGAUAUGAAGAUGAACAUGUCAUCUACAAGCACACAACCCAACCAGAAUCACAUGCCCAGCUCUGAUGUCCCCCGCCAAUCGCCAGCCCAAGCCUCGAGCUCAACACCCUAUGGGCAUCUCGCUCAGCAGACUGCAGACAGCCCGGUCAUUGAAGGAGAAUCUUCCCUAGCUGCUCAUGGUGAAUUUGCAAACGAAUUCCUGAAAAAUGCUGUUGGCACAGAGUCCUUACAGGGUGCUAGCCUUGAGCUACGUGAGACCUUGGAUUCACUACAUCACAUCGUCAGCUCUCUGAAGCAACAGACGGCUGCCACGGAGAUGUCAUAUCCCCAUGCUAGACAACUACCACGUCCGAGUCUAAAAAACAACGAACUACCUCCAAUUCAAACAGCCGUUGCCUUGAUACGAGAAUGUGAGACCGAAAACUCAGAAGUGUCUGCCUGGAUAAGGGAGUUCUUCUCCAUGGAGAGCUUCUCGGGCAUGUGUCUUCAUGUUUAUUUCUCAGAAGAUGUCUCAGAGGCUGAUAUCAUCCUUGUGAACGUUGGCCUGAUGUACAUGUUCAUGGAUCGCCAGCAGCGUACUGCAGACGCCAAAGAACAAGAAGAGUGCGAGGGGUACAUGAAAACACUUCGCGAAAACACCGAAACGGCGCUUGGCAGGGCUUCUACUAUCCAAGACUGGGAUGUCACCGUGCCGCUUCUUACCUCGAACCCUCCCAAUGCUACGCCCCUAUCGGCCUUCAUUUGCCUCUGGGUCGCUACAGCUCGGUGCCAAGGACACAUAUAUGAGCUGCUGUACAGCCCAGACUCUAUGACAAAGUCUGAUGAUGUGAGGAGAUUCCGUGCUCAAAAGCUUGUGAACGAUCUGAAGGAUAUCUCGAGGAGGAGCAAGGAGCUGAGUAAAUCCCGCGAGAAGGAAGUGAAGACAAAUCUUGGGGAGUACUUUUUCGAUUUUAUUCUCAUUUCUGAUGACGUUCUUCGACUUUCACUUCUGACCCUGAUUUAUCGAGCCACUCCUGGGCCACCCAACUCCAAAAGUGUAUUGAGGCUGCGCGUGCAACACUACAUCGCCAUCAAGAUUGCAUGGAUCUCUUGGGACGGGAUAAUACUGUCUAUUUUCCUUCUUACGUUCAUUGGUGAGCACACUAAUGACAUGGUAUCCUGGGGCAAUGCUGACAUGAUCAGGACAUUACUAUUUGCCCCUUUCAUUCCUUUCAUCGUUGUGUUCUGUCAAGUCAUUGAGACCCAGGACCAGACGGACCUUGCCCGUUUGCACAGCUUCUGCACAUCUCUUGAGACGACCAUUCAACUAUCAGAUGCAGCGGCGAAGACAUACCGCCUGUUCCAGGUCCUCUAUACAGUAGCACUUCGAUACAUAGAGUUCCGGACAAGCACUCCUCCAGCCGACCAAACACAGGCCAGUGCUGAACUUAACAACUACCUCGCUGCUCUCGGAUUUCCACCAGCAGGUCUGGAUAACGGGGUUCAACAAUCGGCGCACAUGGACCCCAGUCAGGCUGGUGCGUUCUCACAACCGCUCGGGGAUAUGAGUAUGCUUGAUGGUGCCGACGGUCAGAGAGGAGCAAACACGAUGAUGUGGAUGGGUAACACGGCGCAACUUGGCGAAUGGUUCAACAGCAGUCAGCAAAUGAUGGAGUUACUGGAGGAGCCUAGUUUCACAUUCCCUCAGUGA